CAAACAUUUUUCCAAAGCCAGUCAAGUCGGUUUUUUCUCUCUCUUGAUGGACACACCACAAAACGCUGAAAGCUCUCAGUAUGAGAAGCAGAAGCAGAAUGCUGAGAAGCAGAAGCAGAAGUAUUCUGUAGCUGAAGAUGACGAGGGCAUGGAUCCGAAGCAAUACUAUGAAAAUAUGCUGAAAGUAGUUGCAGCUGAGAAGGCAAAUGGUCGGAAUCCUUACCCACACAAGUUCCAUCUGACUUUGUACGUCCCUGAAUAUGUGAAGAAAUAUGGAGUUUUAGGGACUCCACAAUUUAUUGGGGAUCAACUCGAGGCCUUGGCGGGAAGGAUAUUGAACAAACGUGCGUCUUCUGCAAUGCUGUUUUGCUAUGAUUUACAGGGUGAAGGUGCCAACGUCCUAGUUAUGGCACAUAUGAGUAGCUCUGAGUUGGUUGCAGAGGAAUUUACUAAAUUUCAUUCUGGUUUGAAGCGUGGAGAUGUUGUUGGAGUUGUUGGGUUUCCAGGAAACAGAAAAAGGGGAGGGGUGACUAUUUAUCCCAAAUCAUUUGUAGUGUUGUCUCAUUGUCUUCGUUUGUUGCCACGGCAGAAAGAUACCCCGAUGGAUACAACUAAGAAAACUGAAGCACGGGUCCUGGAAAGUGGCCAAAAUCCAGAAACAUAUGCGUUAAAAGAUCAGGAACCACGACAUAGACAGUGUUAUUUGGAUUUCAUGCUAAACUUAGAGGUUCGGCGUAUAUUUAAGACCCGUGCAAAGAUCAUAACUCAUAUCCGAAGUUUUCUUGAUAGUCUAGGCUUCUUAGAGGUAGAGACCCCCAUGAUGCACAUAAUUGCUGGUGGAGCAGCUGCACGUCCAUUUGUGACCCACCACAAUGAAUUGAAUAUGAGGCUUUUCAUGCGUAUUGCUCCUGAACUAUAUCUUAAACAGCUAGUUGUUGGUGGAUUUGAUCGUGUCUAUGAGAUUGGGAAACAAUUCAGAAAUGAGGGGAUUGACCUGACGCACAAUCCUGAAUUCACCACUUGCGAGUUUUAUAUGGCAUAUGCGGAUUACAAUGACUUGAUGGAUUUAACUGAAAAAAUGUUAAGUGGGAUGGUGAAGGAACUUACAGGUAGCUAUAUAAUCAAGUAUCACGCAAAGGGGCUGGAGAGUGACCCAGUUGAGAUAGAUUUAACUCCUCCCUUCAGAAGGAUUGAUAUGGUAGAGGAAUUGGAGAAGGUCGCAAACUUGAAUAUACCCAAGGAUCUCUCAAGUGAUGAAGCUAACAAAUAUCUCAUAGAUGCUUGUGCAAAGUUUGAGAUCGAAUGUCCUCCACCUCAAACAACAGCUAGAUUACUUGAUAAACUUGUGGGGCACUUUCUGGAGGAGACAUGUGUUAACCCUACUUUUAUUCUCAACCAUCCCGAGAUAAUGAGUCCUUUGGCAAAGUGGCACAGAUCGAAACCAGGCCUGACAGAACGUUUUGAAUUGCUUAUAAACAAGCAUGAACUUUGCAGUGCAUACACUGAAUUGAAUGACCCUGUUGUCCAACGCCAGCGUUUUGCUGAUCAACUCAAGGACCGUCACUCAGGUGAUGGUGAAGCUAUGGUACUGGAUGAGAACUUUUGUACGGCUCUUGAGUAUGGAUUACCUCCUACUGGUGGUUGGGGAUUGGGUAUUGACCGACUUGUAAUGUUGUUGACAGAUUCACAAAACAUCAAGGAAGUUCUACUCCUUCCAACCAUGAAACCACAGGAUGAGCCACCUUCCAAAGAAGAUGUGGAAAAGCAGAUGUCACACCUCAAGAUGAAUGAAGAACAUAUAUGAUGGAUGUUGAGUUCUUGCUGCUCUUGGGGUAGCAGUUUUUUGCGUUAUCUUUUUGAGGUUUUGAUUUACGGUAAUUGUCAAUUGUUAUUGCAAAUGCUAGCCCUAAUUUGUUAGUAUUGGAAACUUUACUCAUAUACCAGUGGAUACGGUUGUAUCAGUCAAAAUACAUGAAGAUGCCUAGCUGUGUAUGCUCUCUAUCAUUUUAUGCUUUGCUUAUAUUAACACGCACACGCGGAUGAGAAAGUCAAACUAUCCUGCUAGCGUUCUGAUCUUAAUUGUGUUAUGUUUUUUGAGUUUA